CCAACGUCACACCAACGUUGUUCCACCGCCUCCAACCGCUUACCAACGUCUGCGGGGGUUGGGUUUUGGCCCAACGUUCACCCAACGUCGCGUGCAGGUCACGUGGCCAGCGAGAGAACAUGGAGUCGGUGGACAUCCUGGACUCGCUGCUGCGAACCAGCGACUACAAGAAGACCAUCCGUCCCAACUUCGCAGGCGAUCCCGUGGUGGUGAAUAUCAGCAUCUACCUCAAGAGCUUCAGUGAUAUCCAGGAGUCCACCAUGGACUACCGGGUGACCCUCACGCUGUGGCAGCGCUGGAACGACGACCGCCUGCGCUACAGCAGCCGCGACUUCAACGCCACCGACCUGGACGAGUCCAACGCGGCCUUCAUGUGGAAGCCCGACCUCUACUUUGGCAACGAGGAGAGCGCCACGGUGCACACCGUCACCACGCCCAACAGCAUGCUGCGGAUACACGACAACGGGGACGUCCUCUACUCCAUGAGGCUGACGCUCACCCUCAGCUGCCCCAUGGACCUCCGCACGUUCCCCAUGGACACGCAAACCUGUCCCUUGCUCAUCACCAGUGCGAGCUACACGGAGCGAGAUAUGCUUCUCCGCUGGAGGGUGGAGCAAGCCAUCGUGUUGGCUGACGACCUCAGCAUCCCCCACUUUGAGUUGGACCCCAACAUCACCCUGGAGGACUGCGCAGAGACCUACCGCACAGGCCUGUUCCCGUGCCUGAAGGCGACGUUCACGCUGAGCAGGCAGAUGGGCUACUACGUGACCCAGGUGUACGUGCCCAGCCUGCUGCUCGUCAUGGUCUCCUGGCUCUCCUUCUGGAUCAACAAGGAGCCCGCGCCGGCACGCGUAGGAAUCGGCACCAGCACCAUCCUCAGCAUGAUCACCAAGAGCACCGGAUCGCGGGCCAUGCUGCCCAAGGUGACGUACAGGACCGCGAUGGACGUGUGGAUGGACGCGUGCCUCAUCUUCCUCAUCGCUGUGCUGGUGGAGUACGCAUUGGUCCAGGCAACGGCGCGCAGGUUCAGGGACCCCAAAGUCAUCAAGAACAGCGAGGAGUCUAUGUCCGACCUUGAGGAGCGCUACCUACGGCAGGCGGUGAUGGUGGAUGUGAAGGCGCGCUUCGUGUUCCCCGUGGCCUUCCUCGCCUUCAACGCCGUCUACUGGGUCACCUGCGUCGUGGGCCUCAAGAGCCUGCAGUGAAGACACCGCCGCAGAGACACCGCAGAGACACCGCAGAGACACCGCAGAGACACCACAGAGACACCACAGAGACACCGUGUCCACCACAGAGACAUCACAACUACAGAGACACCGCACUGAUAACACCGUCAACUGGGUCACCUGCGUCGUGGGCCUCAAGAACCUGCAGUGAAGACACCACUACAGAGACACCACAGAGACACCGUGUCCACCACAGAGACACCACCACCACCACAGAGACACUACAGAGACACCGUGUCCACCACAGAGACACCACAGAGACA